GGGUAUGAGAGAAAGCACCUGGAAAUAAGCGAGAUGCGAAUCAGCAGAUGGAUAUUCAAGCUCGAUUAGGAAGCGUAGCCUCGCCUCACUUUCUCUGGAUCACUCCAAAACGCAAACCUUCGUCUUCUUCUUCUCGCUCUUCGCCAUUGAGACCUGUCUGCAACAAAAGAGGCUCCCAAGAACCCCGGCAAAACGGUGACAGUGGUAAUGGUGAUAAAUUCUCAACAGAUUGGGACAAGGCCUGGUCAAAUAUCAAGAAGCAAAAGAAGAACAAGAAGGGAUUCUUCUCACAAUUCUCUCCCAACAAGUAUGUGACCUGGGAUCCUAGGCCUUCUGAUUAUCCACUAUCUGAGGAAGUUGAUCCCAUCAAGAGGACAGAGAGGUCCAAUCUUAUGUUAUGGACUAGCCCAAGGUUUACUUUAGCAGGAGCAAUUGUAAUUGUCACCUUCCUCUUGGUUUACACCAUUAUUGUACCAUAUCAAGCAAUGGCUGUAUCUAUUGCAAAAGCCACGCCUUCAAACACAAUCAAAUUCAGGCUUCCUCCUAAGCGAGGCGAGAUCAUAGCUAAGAUAGUUUGUGAGCUUGUCAUGUCGGUGGUCAGAGUAUUUUCAAAAGCUGGAAGACGACUGAGCCGCAACAGAAAGGUGGCAAUGGAGGAUUCAGCAAAGGCUUCAGAAGCGCAUUGA